AGAUGCAGUCUGGACCAGAUCAUCCAGGAUCUGGACUGAAGUCUGUCAGGAGAUCUCCUCGUCUGUCUCCUGAGCUGUCAAUCAUCCACCUGAGCUGGACUUUGGACAUCUGUGUCCUCACCUGCUGUGUCUCAGUGUGAAGGACAGAUGUGUUUCUCUUGUCUUUCAGAGCAGCGCUGGUCGAGGAAAGGAGUUGAGGAAAGGAGGCAGCAGCCUGCAGGAGGUGAAGAGGAAAGGAAGGAUGGAAAGGAACCGAGAUGAGGAGCUGAACAACAGUCUGAAGAAACUGGACCUGUCCUGCAGAUCAGCUGUUGGUGGGACAGGCCUUGUCUUCUCUGACAUCUUCACUCAUCACAAGAACCUAUGGGAGCCCAGUCAUGUGGAGAGUCCAGACAGAGUGACGUCCAUCAUGAAGGAGCUGCAGACUCAGGAGCUUCUGUCUCUCUGUGUCACAGUGAAGCCCAGAGAAGCUACAGAACAAGAGCUGCUCCUCGUCCACACGAAACAGUAUGUGGACGUGAUGAGGUCGACUCAGACGAUGUCAGAGAGUGAACUACACACACUGUCUGACAAAUAUGACUCCGUGUAUCUGCAUCCUGAGUCCUUCCAGGUGUGUGUGUUGGCUGUAGGUUCAGUCCUCCAGCUGGUCGAUCAGGUGAUGACCUCUGAACUCAGAAAUGGAUUUGCUGUCAUCAGACCUCCAGGUCACCACGCUCAGACCAGCGAGGCAAACGGCUACUGCAUCUUCAACAACGUGGCGAUCGCUGCGCGAUAUGCUCAGAACACACACUCUGUUAAAAGAGUGUUGAUAGUGGACUGGGACGUCCAUCAUGGUCAGGGGAUCCAGUACGAGUUCCAGGACGACCCCAGUGUCCUGUACUUCAGUGUCCACAGGUACGAGCAGGCGUCUUUCUGGCCUCACCUGCCGGAGUCUGCUGGUGGGUUUGUGGGCAGUGGACAAGGCGAGGGGCGGACCAUGAACGUGGCCUGGGACAAGACGCAGAUGAAAGAUGCUGAUUACAUCACUGCUUUUCAACAACUGCUGUUGCCUGUAGCCUACGAGUUUCAGCCUCAGCUGGUUCUGGUCUCUGCUGGAUUUGAUGCUACUGUUGGAGACGAGAAGGGGCAGAUGUGUGUGACUCCUCAGUGUUUCCAUGUUCUCACUCACAUGUUGAUGAGUUUGGCUGAAGGCCGACUUGUUCUCGCUCUCGAGGGAGGUUAUAACCUGCAGUCCACAGCAGAGGGCGCUGCUGCCUGUGUCAGAGCUCUGCUGGGAGGAGCCUGUCCUCCUCUGACUCCGCCCACGGCUCCAUCUUUCAGUGCACUGAAGUCCAUCAGUGAGAGUGUCUCUGCUUUGUGUCCACACUGGACAUGUUUGCAGCUGCUGGAAGGCGUCCCAUUGGCUGAUAUGGUCGUCAUCAGAGCAACAACCAAUGACGAGAGCUUUCAGCACAGUGGCUCCGCCUCCUCUGUUGCCACGACGACAGGACUGGUUUACGACGAGCGUAUGAUGGAGCACCUGAACAUGUGGGACAGACAUCAUCCAGAGCAGCCGCAGAGAAUCGCCCACAUCUACGCCAGACACCAGGCGCUCGGACUGGUCCACCGCUGCACACGCAUCCCAGCACGCCUCGCGACGGAGGAGGAGCUCACCAUGUGUCACAGUGAGCGUCUGGUCCAGUUGAUCAGCUCCUCUUCACUGAUGAAGAGCAGAGAUCUUCACAGACUCAGUGAAGAGUUUAACUCCAUCUUCAUCAACAACCAGAGCUUCAGUUGUGCUCAGCUCGCUGUGGGAGGCUGCUUCGCCGCCGUGGACGCCAUCAUGAGUGGAGAGGUGAGUAACGGCACGGCGAUUGUCCGGCCCCCCGGUCAUCACGCAGAGACAGACUCCGCCUGUGGAUUCUGCUUCUUCAACACAGCAGCCCUCGCUGCUCGCCACGCCCAGAAAAUCUCCCAUCCUGCACCACUCCGAGUCCUCAUCCUCGACUGGGACGUUCACCACGGCAACGGGACACAGCACAUGUUUGAGGACGAUGACAGUGUCCUGUACAUCUCCCUCCAUCGCUAUGACAACGGGACGUUCUUCCCGUCCUCUGAAGACGCCGCCCCCAACCAGGUGGGUGUGGGAAAAGGGUUGGGCUUCAACGUGAAUGUGGCGUGGAGUGGAGGACGGAUGAGCGACUCUGAUUACCUCGCUGCUUUUCAUCAUGUGGUCAUGCCGAUCGCCACCGAGUUUAACCCCGCCCUCGUUCUGGUGUCAGCCGGCUUUGAUGCGGCUCGUGGUGAUCCUCUGGGUGGAUAUCAUGUGACCCCUCAGGGAUACGCCCACCUCACACACCUGCUGAUGUCAUUGGCUGGGGGGCGUGUCCUGCUCAUCCUGGAGGGAGGUUACAACUUGACCUCCAUCUCUGACUCCAUGGCGAUGUGUACCAGCGUGUUGCUAGGAGACACGCCCCCAGCCCUGGUUACGCCCCUCCCCCCUCCUCAUCACAGCGCCGUGGCAGUGAUCAACGAGGUCAUCCGACACCACGCCCCCUACUGGAGGUCACUGAGGAUCAACAUCCCAGCGUCUGUGCGGGCGUCUCUGCCCACCCCAAAGCAUCAUGGGAGACGUAGUUCUAAAGGAAAAAGCAGGAAAUCUGAGCAGAGUAAAGAAGACAAGUGUCCAGCAUCCCAACGAGGACGAGGGGACAUGGAGGAAGUGGACACGCUGGACCAACUUGCUCAGGGAUUGGCCAGUUUGGACAUCAGUCUGUCCUCAGCCAAUCACAGUCCUGCUACGUCCACACCAGUAGGUGGGGCCAGAGCGAAGGUCCACCUGAUACAGGAGGAGGUCAUCUGUGAAGGUGAACGGAAGGCGGAGUCUAGUGAGGGCAAAUGUGAUCAGAGCCAAUCAGAGUGUCAGACGCAGAUGGUCGCCGCGACACCAGACUCGGUCACCGUUGGAGACGAGACUACUGGUGGAAUGGGGGCAGAGCCAGAGGUAGAGGGAGCAUGCGGUUGGUCAAAACCUCAGAUGUCUCUGGAGUUGGCUUGUGGAGGACAGUCUCCUCUGUACGUGGUCGACCCCCUCCCCUGGUGUCCUCACCUGGAUGCAGUUAAGCCCCUCCCACCCUCAGGUAUAAACAUCCUCCUGCCGUGUCAGGACUGUGACUCUGUGGCUGAGAACUGGAUCUGUCUCACCUGCUACCAGGUGUUCUGUGGCCGCUACGUUAACGAGCACAUGCUAACUCAUGGUUGUGUGAGUGAACACCCUCUGGUGCUGAGCUUCUCUGACCUGUCUGCGUGGUGUUACCUGUGUGAGUCGUACGUCCACCACCAGAUUCUGUUUGAAGCUAAAAACUCUGCUCACCUCGCAAAGUUUGGAGAGGAGGUUCCUCCGUGGAGCUGAGAGGAGGCAGAGCAAUGAGAGGAGGAGGAGGGUCAUGUGAAGGAUGAAGAACGUUUGACGCCGGUUGCCAUGGAAACCAGUGUCAUUGGUGCUCAGUGGGAAAAGUGUCCCACACCUGCCAAAAGACCAUGUUUUUAUCAGUUUUAGCUGCAGACUGGUGCUGAUCUUCAUCAUCGUCAUCAUCACCAGCAGCCUCUCGACACAAAGCAGCCGUCUGAUUGGACAGCAGAAGAAGAGUGGUGCUGAUGUCACAGAGAGAAGGCCCCGCCCACAAUAACUGAAGACGUUGAUGUUUGUAAUGUUCCUUUAACUAAGGGGGGCGGGGCAAUAAAACCAAACAAAAACACUCUA